GAAUGUGCGAGGAAACGCCAGUACCACGAAAAUUCACGCUCCUGGGGUGCGUAAGUGGCGAAGACUUUCAAAAAUGUAGAUACGCGCUGGCCAGAUUACACUCGUGUCUACCGGGUGAAUUUGGCGAGCCAGAAAUAAGACCCCUGCUAGACGUCGAAUGGCAUCGACUCAUAGUCAAGUACCAGAGAAAAGUGGGAGGCAAAACGUGGGACGUCAAAGGCAAAGUCCUGGUAUUGCGCGACGGUGAAGCCGUUGGCGACUUCGAGGAUCUGUCGGAGAUGAUACGGAAAUCAUGGAGGCUCACCUUAGAAGCUGAUUGGCACCAGCUCGGCUGUGAACACCUACGCUCUUACCUGAAAGCGAUACUCGAUCGAGGAAGGCAGCUGGUGUAUUUGACAAUUGCCAUAAGUAAUCGAGUAAUAGGAUCCCUACUGCUGGAACUCUACAAUGACCUGGUACCUCUGACGUGUCAAAACUUCUUCGAAAGAUGUCAAAAUGGAUACGCCGGCACUCCCGUCCAUAGGGUCGUGAAAGGCUGUUGGAUUCAGUGCGGCGGAUUCGAUUUGGAACCCAUCGACAUGGCCUGCGAAAACUACGCAGUGCCCCACGACAAAAGGGGCGUGGCAUCCAUGUGUAACGCGGGACCGCACAAAGAUAACAGCACCCAGUUCUUCGUCGCUCUCGAUGCCGCACCCUGGAUGGAUCGUAAAUACGUAGCGUUCGGACAGGUGAUACAGGGAGAAGAGGUGUUGACCCAAAUUGAAAAUGUAUCGACGUACUACGAAUCACCGAUCGACAAAGUAACGAUCGUAAAAGCCGGAGAGUAUUCGAUAACCUUAGAAAACGGAACCUCUUGGCAGAGAUCUACAUCUAUAAUACCUGCGGUGUUAGAAUCCGAAAAACAUAAUCUAACACGAGACUCUUUCUUUUCGCAUAGUCGAUUUGUCGAUGGACUUUAUAGCCUGUCAACCGACUUAAAGAGUUAUGGACCGUUUAGACAUUUGCAGGAAUAUUUGAUAGACAACGGCGAAUCUAAUGAGGAUGAACGUAUUGGUUCUGCGUCAAGUGACUUGCUCGCGCACCCAAAGAAAAAGGAGAUAAUACAAUAUAGUUCUGCUAUAUCUAUGAGCGAUGCCAAAUUAUAAAUUGCAGAACAAUAAAAUAAUAUUUUCACACACGGUGUUUACCUUCCAGUGGUUGGUUUUCUGCGUAAUUAUAGAAAGAGGAAUAAUCCAAAUCCCAAUUCAAAAUGACUAUUUACCAUUCGUAAUUUUUUAUAUUAGCUGAAGGGUUUAUUUAUUUUGUUACUGCCUUCUGUAAGAAACCUAAUUAUACACGGAUCUAGCAUGCGGAGAGCAUCAUUUUCCCACAGAUCCAGGAUAUUACCGCACAAUUUUAGA